GAGGCGCUGCCCCUCGGGGAUUUGGCGGCCGCCUUCGCCGCCCUGCCCGUCUUCCCGCUCUUCGACACCGCCUAUUUCAUCGUCUCCAUCCUCUACCUCAAGUACGAGCCCGGUUAUCUUAUGAAUGAAAGAGCUGAACAGAUUGCUCAUGAAUUCUAGAGGGCACCUAGGUUGAAGCAAUGGAGAGAAUGGAGCCGUGGAGAUGUCUCGGAGGAGCCCCUUCGCCUCCUGGCUCUGUGCGAUGCUCCACUGCUUCGGGAGUUACAUCCUGGCUGCUCUGCUGCUUGGAGAGGCGCCUCUGGAGUACUUCAGCCACAACUCCAGCGUCGUCCUGGCCACGGCGGUUUGGUACCUGAUUUUCUUCUGCCCCAUGAACCUCUUCUACAAGUGUGUGAGCUUCCUGCCCGUCAAGCUCAUCUUCGUGGCCAUGAAGGAGGUGGUCCGAGUCCGCAAGAUCGCCGCCGGCGUCCACCACGCUCACCACCUCUACCACCACGGGUGGUUUGUCAUGAUGGCCACGGGCUGGGUCAAAGGUUCUGGUGUGGCCUUGCUGUCGAACUUUGAGCAGCUGCUGCGUGGGGUCUGGAAGCCAGAGACAAAUGAAAUCCUUCACAUGUCCUUCCCCACCAAGGCCAGUCUGUACGGCACAGUCCUCUUCACCCUGCAGCAGACUCACUGGCUGCCCAUCUCCGAGGCCAACCUCAUCUUCUUCUUCACCAUGUUCAUGAUUGUUUGCAAGGUUUUCAUGACGGCCACUCACUCCCACGCCUCCCCUUUCGCCCCGCUGGAAAACCUCAUCUGCCCCGUGCUCUUUGGCUCCGUCUCCAGUGGACACCCAGGCCACCACCACGACCACCACGAGGUUUCCCACGCGGCUCCUCCUCCUGCCAAGUCCAAGGAGGAGCUCAACGAAGGCACCAGGAAACGGAAGGCAAAAAAAGCUGAAUAAAAAAAGCGACGGCGCCCGAAAACAGGCCGAGAAAAAUCCCCCCCCCAGGGCUGAGUCUCAAAGCCACCCGUGACUUCCUUUGUGCUCCAGUUGUUCUCCCUCGGGCUCCAGAGGAGAGGUGGAAGCUGGGACACUGCCAGGCAGGUUCCUGAAUUUCGGUUUUGCUCUCUGUGCUUGCCUCUUGGUCUCUGCCUCUCCGGUCUGCUCGUACUUUCAGGGAUUUGUGGGUUUGUGCCAGGGGGAUGAGUUGGGUGCCAGUUCCCAAGCUGUCAGCAGUUUUGAUGCAGCAUUUUCAACUGAUGUAAAAACCUUCUCGCUGUGUUUAUUUACGAAUGGAGGGGAUGGUUUGUGCUCCUGCAACUCGUGAGUUCCUUUGAGUUUUCAUUGACCUUCCUGGUGUCUGCCGAAACAACAAACUGUUAAGACACAGUCAGUGUGGAAAUCAGCUUUCAUACUCAAGGAAGUGAAAUGGUCUCUUAUGAGCCUGAGCUGAUUUUUCCUUGCUCCCACAUGUGCCAUAUCUCCAAGUGAUGUGACAUUUUAUGUGCAAUAAGGACUUUGCCUGAGUCAAACUCUGUUUCUCUCAGCUCAGUUCCCUCCGAUUCAAAUGGACAGAAUGUUGUUACUUGCUUAAAGUCUGUGUUAGCAAGAGCUCUGAAGCUGUGAAAUGCUCCCAGUGCCAUGUGUUGGCACUGUCACUGUCCUAAAGUGUGUCCCACCUCAAACCCGAUCCCAUUUACCCAGGGGAGAAGCAUAGUGUGGUUUGUUUGUGAUCCUGUGGGAUACCAGAAAAGUGUGUGUGUGAGUAAAGUAUUUAUUACUAUUUAUUUCUUAUUGCCACGGCACCCCAACCAUGGACCUGAAUCUGGCUUUUUUUUUAAUGUUGCAUCUUUAUAGAGAGGGUUGGAACUUCAAAUUCAGGUCCUGAGCCCACAACUCCGUGCUGGUUUGUUCUUGUAGCAGUGAUCCCAAAGGACAGGCUGGGCAUUCCCUGGAUGCAGGAAGGAAGGUUUUCUGUAUCCUUGGAUUCAGAUAGAAAGGCUGAAGCAGUGGAUUUCACACCAGCUGAUUAGAACUUCUUGAAAGGACUGAUAAAAACACACUAGCUGAAAAUAUUUAUGGGCCAAACCAUUGGUCUGUGAGUGCAGCUUGUGCCCAGUGAUGGAGAAUCAAUGCCUUGCGCGGUUCAGGAGGAGUCUGUCAGCUCAUUCACGUCCUGCUUAGUCAACACUGGCUUUUACAGUAGUUUUAAGCUGUUCCUAUAACUGAUUUUGUCCCUAAAAGUGGCAUCAUCUGAGGGGUGGGGAGGGUGGCACAGGUGGGGAUGAAGCACUGGGCUGCCAGCUGAGCAGCAUUUCCCAUCCCCAGCACUGAGGUUGCUGCUGUCACCUCCCAGCUGGGAAUAGAAACAGGAGGAUUUCAGGAAAGUGGGGUUUUGUGUGUGUGUGUGUGUGUGUGUCCCUGUUCAAAACUGCAACUGAUGGUUAAUUAAAAACAUAUAUAUAUAUAUAUACAAUCAGAGGAAAGCCAGUCUGGAAGGUCAAAUGGUUUGUGGGUUUGGGGUUUGACAGUGCCUUAAUUUUGUGAGUUCCCUUCCCCUUCAGUAGAAAGCAGGAGUUCUGCCUGCCAGCUGCACUGGCUGGCUCUGCUGAUGCUGCUCUGCUGAACCCUGAUGUCUCACAGGCAUGCACGAGACUCCAAAUGUUUUACGAGGUUGUCUGAUCCAAAGGGAAUUCUGUUUUCUAGAAGCCAUCAACAAAUAAAAACGGUGAAGUGACUCUGAUUGUCCGGUGGCA